GACCUCGCAAGCCCUCCAGGUCUCCAAUUCCCCAGGACGCCGCUCGCAGAGGCCCCGGGGAACGGCGUCCCCCCGCGCACCGGGAGCGGGGGCGUCCGGCCAACGCUGAGCCCCAACGCGCCGGAGCCCACGCGCGCGGACGGACUAAACCGAUCGCGGGUCUGCUGCCCUAUACAGGUCUUAACUUCCAUCAGAACAGAAUUGUCUCUGAGCAGUGGCCUUACAUCAGAAUCAUGGCUACGGAUUGGCUGGGCAGUAUUGUGUCCAUCAACUGUGGAGAUAGCUUGGGAGUCUAUCAGGGACGAGUGUCCGCGGUGGACCAGGUCAGCCAGACCAUUUCUCUCACCCGGCCUUUCCACAAUGGAGUGAAGUGCCUCGUGCCGGAAGUCACCUUCAGGGCAGGUGACAUUACGGAAUUAAAAAUUCUGGAGAUACCAGGUCCUGGAGAAAACCAGCAUUUUGGAGACCUUCAUCAGACAGAAUUAGGCCCAUCUGGUGUUGGGUACCAAGUGGGUAUCAGCCAGAAUGGCAUGGGCAAGCUGGUGAAGAAGCCAUCCUCUUCCAGCAGUGCUCCUCAGAAUAUCCCUAAGAGGACAGAUGUGAAGAGUCAGGAUGUUGCCAUUUCCCCACAGCAGCAACAGUGCUCAAAGAGCUAUGUGGACAGGCACACGGAAUCCUUGAGUCAAUCCAAAAGUUUCCGCCGUCGGCACAACUCUUGGUCAUCUAGUAGCAGACAUCCAAAUCAGGCAACUCCAAAGAAAAGUGGCUUAAAGAAUGGCCAAAUGAAGAAUAAAGAUGACGAGUGCUUCGGGGAUGAUAUUGAAGAGAUCCCAGAUACAGAUUUUGAUUUUGAAGGGAACCUGGCCCUUUUUGAUAAGGCAGCUGUGUUUGAGGAGAUUGAUACCUACGAGAGGAGAAGUGGUACCCGUUCCCGGGGCAUCCCAAAUGAAAGACCAACUCGGUACCGCCAUGAUGAGAACAUCUUGGAGUCGGAACCCAUUGUCUAUCGGCGGAUCACAGUGCCCCACAAUGUGAGCAAGGAGUUCUGCACGGACUCUGGCCUGGUUGUCCCAAGUGUUUCCUACGAACUGCAUAAAAAGCUGUUGUCUGUGGCUGAGAAGCACGGGUUGACUCUGGAGCGGAGACUGGAGAUGACAGGAGUGUGUGCCAGUCAGAUGGCCCUGACCCUGCUUGGAGGACCCAACAGGUUGAACCCCAAAAAUGUUCACCAGAGGCCCACGGUGGCCCUGCUGUGUGGCCCCCAUGUGAAAGGGGCCCAGGGGAUCAGCUGUGGAAGGCACCUGGCCAACCAUGAUGUCCAGGUCAUCCUCUUCCUGCCCAACUUUGUCAAGAUGCUGGAGUCCAUCACCAACGAGCUGUCUCUCUUCAGCAAGACCCAAGGCCAACAAGUAUCUAACCUCAAAGUGCUCUUUUCUCCCGCAGAUCUGCCCACUAGCCCUGUGGAUCUAGUGAUCAACUGCCUGGACUGCCCCGAAAAUGCCUUCCUGCGGGACCAGCCCUGGUACAAGGCAGCUGUGGCCUGGGCCAACCGGAACCGGGCGCCAGUGCUCAGCAUAGACCCUCCUGUGCAUGAAGGCGAACAGGGCAUCGACGCCAAGUGGUCACUGGCCCUGGGCCUGCCUCUGCCACUGGGGGAGCGUGCAGGCCGCAUCUACUUGUGCGACAUCGGCCUCCCCCAGCAGGUAUUCCAGGAGGUGGGCAUCAGCUACCACUCCCCCUUUGGCUGCAAGUUUGUCAUUCCAUUGCACUCGGCCUAGAGGGGCUCUGGGCAAAUUAGACCCUGCGGUCCCCUGCUGCUCCGGACACACUGAACUUGACAACGAACGCCUUAAGGAUGUGAAGCUUCAUGGACCUUGUUAAAUUUUUUCGCUUUUGGAUUUGUUACUUCUGUGAGAGAACAGAUCAUAUUUAAAAAUGACCUGUCACCUGCCUGUAGCCAGGGCAGGUGUGUGGGUGUGCUGGGUGGGCAGCAGGCUGAGUGGUUCUAGGCAUCUCGACCCUUGGCCCCCUGCGUGGCUGGAUGGGGCUUUGUUUACAGACUUAGGCAGCUCACUCACGGACUGUGUUUCAGGUUUACAGUCACUGGGGCCUGAGCAAGCACCUUGAGGGGUGGGGCGGGUCCUGUUUGGGGCCCUGUACUUGCUUUGGCUCCGUGUCCCCUGCUUCUGCACCCCCCCACCCCCUUCUGAUCAUGUCAAACUGGCUGUGCUGCAGCUGCCCCGCUAGAGGGCAGACUCGCACUCCGUUCCUGGCGAGGGCUUGGAGGCGGCCUUCCCAGAGUCCUGUCGCAAGUUGAUUUAGGGGCUGAUUUGGAGGCUUUUGACCCUUUCUCCUGAGCUGAUGCAAGUUUUAUGCUGGGAUUUUUUUCAAGGGUCUUUCUUCCUUUCCACUCCAUCACGCUGAGAGGCAGGAAAGGGGGUGGCAUCAGGAUGGUUUUACUGUAUUGGGAUUUUAUACUGUUUUUCUGUUUUCUGCAUACGUAGUAUGAGGUUAUGUUACUGUAGAACCACAGUGCCCAUCUUGCCAGCAGUGCCCCCCAGCCCCAUACCCUCUCUAGCUGGGGCCAGAGCCCUCAGGGUGCAGCUUUAAUGUUCAGUAUUGGGGAGGUCCCUGGGGGAGCCUGGUGCUGAGCCAGAAGAGGCUCCCUGGUGCUUCUGUGUCUUAGGCCACCACUACCUUGCCCCUACCUCCUUGCCUGCACAUAUGCCCCCCCUUUCUUCUGCCCCCAUUUUCCCCUGAAAUGGUCCUCUGCAGCUAUUGUCCCAGAGCAGGACACAAGUCCCUCCCAUCUAGGCUCUGAACCCUUUUUGAUUGUCCACUCUAGAUGAGUAGGCUUGGGGCCAGCGCCCUCUCAAAGAUGCCAAAAUGAGGCUAGUUCUAGAUGAGCUAGCUGGUGGGUCUCAGCCAUAGGAACACAUUGCUGCUCAGAUCCUAAGGCAGGAAAGCCCUUGGACCUCACAUGAUUAGGCCUUGGAGGCUGGUUUCAGAACACGAGCCAUACCCUAGAGUACCUGCCAGGGGCCCUUGCAAAAAGCUCAUGCUCUAAAGCCGUUUUCAGGGCUUCAGGCUUCUGCUUUCUGCCCACUCACUCUGGUUAAGGGGGUGAGUGGGAGGGCUCGCCAAGGAAUAUGGACACAGGGUAGGCCCUGGUACCAUGGAUUGUCGCAGGCUACUUCCCACUUCUCAUAGGAGCAUAGCCAGGAGCAGAUGAGGCAGGGCAGAGGGCUGGUCCCUCUUUUCCUCCCAUUCUUCCUCAAAUGUUAAUUGUCUCCAGCAGUGGGAGGCAGCCAGAGACUGUGAGCUUUGUGUGUAUCCUCCCUGAACCUCUGCUCACUCUCAGGGCCAAGAAGCUCCAAGAUGGAGCCCUCUCUGUAGAGGCAGGGCCACAGUCUGAGGAGCAGUGCUGGGUUACGGGCAUUUUCAGUAAGCAGCCAGUAGACUGUGGGUGCCUGCCUGUUGGUAAGCCUCCCCGCGCUGGGUACAGCGGAAGAGGAGCCUGAGGAGCCUGGCCCAGCGGACUCUGCGCUGCAGUGGGUAAGUUGCAGCAGCCCUGGGAGCGAGGGCCUGGUCAGGGGCCACGGGGAGCUUGUUCCUGGGCCUGUCUUCUCCCUGUGGGAGGCUCUGGAGCCUCCUCCUGCCCCCAGCCUGGGCCUUUCCUGGUGGUCUUAAAGAUCAGCAUGGUUCCUCUGCCUUCAGCUUUUUUCAGAGGCGUCCCGUCCUGUCCCCCAGUCCCCAGCCAGGUGGUCAGGACUACCACUCCUGCAGCUCUUGGGGAACCAAAAACCAGCACUUAAAAUAAAGCUGAAUGACGGAGGCCUGGGCUCUGGUAAAUUGCUGUGCAGGCUGUGGCCUGGAGCUGCCGCCUGGGCCCAGGAGCCCAGCUGGUCAGGCCCCGUCCGCCAGCCUUCAGUCAGCCACGGCUCUUGGGCAGAUACGCCCUGAAGUGCCGGCUGGCGACGGGGCCAGGAGGAGGGGAGACUGGCUACUGCCCAGCCAGGCCCCAGCGGGCCCAGCACCUCAGGGCACUUCCCCAGGGCCUGGGGCGUGGGCGGGGGGGCACCCCGCUCCUCUGGGCAGCCCAGUUCACACUUACUUAGCUCUCCACAAGCUGAACUGCUAAGAAAGACUUUAUUAAGAAGGCCGGGAGUGGGGAUGGCAAGGAGCCUGGAGACGGACACACUGGUACCAGGGGUUACAAACAGUAAGAAACACUUUAUUAUAACUUUACAACAUAUAAAUAGCUUGGGGCAAAUCUGUGCUUUCUGGCAGCUGGGCGGGCGUCAAGUCUCGUCCCCUGCAGGCUCCUGCCUUCCUUCACAUUGCACUGUUCGUUGGGUGGCUCUGGCCCCGGGGCCCGGUGGUGGGGGUUGGAGAAAAGGCCGGGUGGCCCCGUCCCACUCUCCGGCUCCUGCGGUGGCCUACGCCUGUCAUCUGCUCGGGUUGCGGCUGGUGUGGAAGGACCGCUCCUCAGGGGUCAGGCCAGCAAAGAAGGGGUGCAGCAGGGCCUCCGCCAGUGUGAUGCGCUGGGCAGGGUCAAAUUCUAACAUCCUCCUCAUCAGGUCAAACAGCUGCACGUGCUCCAAGGAGUCCUGGAGCAUGUAACUCUGCUCAGGGACACAAGGCGCCUCAGUGUGACGGCAGGCUCGUGGGAAGCCUUGCUGCACGGGUUGAGGCGGCAGUGCCGCCUCCCUGGAGGACGACUAUGCCCUCCUGACAGCAAGCGGCUCCUUUCUUUUCACGCCUGUGUAGAGCGUUUGGCGCGGUGCCUCUGCCCCCGCAUGCAAAGUCCUGACAGGUGGGUAGAGAUCACCUCUGCAGAAUUCACAGGUCCGAGCACCGAAUGCCGUUGAUAGAGGCUUCCGGGCCAUGUCUAGGUCCUCCCUCCCCCUCAGCCCCGCCUAGUUCUUCCCAAAACUGAGAGGAGAGAGGGCAGGAGGCAGCAGGUCUCUGACAUCUGGCUCUUCUGGUGGUUCCCCAAUUACAUCCAGAGCCACCCUGUGGGGAGGGGCCCCUCGGCCAGCCCCCGGCAGCCUUUAGCUGCCCGGCCUGUCUCUGCUGUGUCUGCCCAGGGCCUGGGGUCUCCUCGGCAGGAGUUGAGCUGGGGGAAGCCAGGAACUGACCUUCAGAGGUUUGCAGUUCUCCUUCACAUACCGGCCAUCAGAGCUGUUCUCAUCCCAAACCAGGCCCCCUUUGUAGAAAUACUUCUGUUUCCUGAAAGUGAAAGAAAAGAAGGGGUUGAUGUGGCAGGGCGACAAGUCAUGGGUGGAGGUCGCAGAAGACAGUGGCAGUCGGGAGUGGCCGCGAAGCGAGGUGCAGGAUCCUAGCUGGCCUGACCGAGCAGGGCGGGAAUGUGUGCGCGGGUGGUUUCCCAGGUCACGCAGUGUGGUGCUCGGGAGGGAAGGCUGCUAGGAGUCUGGGGGAGCCACGACGUCCCAGGAAGACUGGCCAGUGGCCUACGGCCAGCCCGGAGGCUGCCACCAGGGCCUUACCUGGUGCGGUGGAUCAUGUGUGACGGGAUGGGCCCUAGGAUCUUCUCCAUCAUCACCAAGUGUUCACGGUUUUCAUGGGUCUGUUGGGGUUUCGGGAAUAGAGCAAGCAAGGCUCAGUGCGAGCCUCAGCCCCUCACAGGAGGUAAGGGACGGACCAAAAAAAAAAAAAAAAAAGAUGGGCAAGUGUCUUCUUGCCCCCCGAGAUGGGAACCCAUCAGUGAGCAGUAGUCCUGGCCUCUGACCCGGUGGCAGCCGCCAGCCCCUUCUCUCAGGGUCAAGUUCGUGCCCCAGGGCCUCUCAGACCCGUCCAUCAGCGAGCACCUGUCUCCAGUUCCCUUGCUCACUCCUCCCGGAACGUGCCCUGCCCUUCUCUGCACCCUCACACAGGCUGUGCCCCCCCGCCCCGUCCUCCAUCUGGAGGCCAAGCGCUCCACUACGCCGACCUCAGGAGCCCGGGCAUCCCACCUGUGCCGAUGGGUGGGUGGUCGCGGGGCUGCCCAACCCAGCCCCUGCAGCCUGCCCAAGCAGGGCCCACGUGCUGCACCAGGGGGGGGGGCCUCACCUGAAAGAGCGUGAAGCCCCGGUAGUACUCAAAGAGAAUGCAGCCGAUGCUCCAGACGUCACAGGGCUGUGCCCAGCCCAGCUCUGAAAGCCAGCGUGGGGAGAGAACAGGAGACUCCGGUCACAGGUCAGCUGCCCUCCGGCUGGCAGGACUCUUGCCCAAACCCAGAGAAGACCCUUUCCCGGUGAGGUCCAGUCAGCGCCCACAGGGACACAGGCCGCUGGUGGCGGGCACCUCCCUGUCUCCAGUCCUAACCCUCCCAACAAGCCUCCGCGUGGUCAGAGUUGGGGCCACACGGUCACUCACCAAGAAUCACCUCAGGUGGGCGAUAGUGACGGGUGGCCACGAUGGUCGUGUGGUGCUCGUGGUCAAAGGUAGCACUGCCGAAGUCAGCCACUCGGAUGCUGGUGUUCUUCACCGACUUCUCCUCGCAGCUCUGAGGCAAGGGAGUCGGGUCAGGAGUCUGACCAGCGGGUGACCCACCCCAGAGCAGGUCUUGCCUCUCCCGACCCGUACCUUGUGCUCAUUGUAGAGGGUUUCAAACUCCGAAUUCACAAACAAGAUGUUCUCUGGCUUCAA